AUGAUGAACAAUGGAUUAUGGUGCAGUCAUUCCAAUCACCCUACUCCUAUAAAAAAAGAAUACAGUGUCAUAUUAACUCAUGAGUCCUUAAUCGAAGAUGGCACAUUAGUGGAGUUCGAACCCAUGUCAGACGUUUGCGACGUACAAAAUACUAAAGAUGUAUGCAUAAAUACAAAUAGAGAUGAAUCUCAGUGUUACUGGUGUUCAAUGAUUGAAAAAUGCAGUAAUGGCCGUGAUUAUCAUGCAGAUAUAUGGAUGAAGAACGGUUGCGAUGCAAAUAAUAUUUCCCAACCUCAUCGUUCGCAAAAUUUAACACCAAAUGGAAUGAGAGAAUCUGUUGUACAAACCACGACUGAGAAUAAUAAUAAUUCUCAUAAUCAAUGUAGGCGAAAUUCAACAUCAAAGGGUUUGAGAGAAUCUGAUCUACAAACCAUGACUGAGAAUAACAUUUCUUUUUCAACUCCGCCCAAUUUUUCUGAAGGAGAACAAAAUUCCAAUUCGUAUACAUACUUGUUUUUUGUCAUACCACUUUUAAUUCUGUUCAUUAUAUUUAGUAUUUAUUUUGUUAGAUUAAUUCUAAUCCGGUUAGGAUUAUUAAAGGUAACAUAUGAUUUAGAUGCUUAA